AUGCUGCGGGAUGAGCUGCACAAAAUAGAGAGGGACCGACUGGCCACUGACCCCCCCGGGCCCAGCCCAAACGACGAGCCGCCAGCAAAGAGGACCAGAAAUGACCGCAAAAACAACUCUCUCUUGGGAAUGUUCCAGGCCAUCAUUGCAGAAAAUGCAGAGCCUGCUCAACAACCCGAAAACAGCAGAGUGGAUGUAAGUGGACGUAAGUGUAUAUUUGAUUUAAAUUAAUGUUUUAUGAACACUUGUGUUUAAAAUGGAACCGGGUAUAAUUCAGAACAUAAUCAUAAUCAGACGCCGUUCUUCGGUGCUUUUGUUUUUAUUGUUAGCUCCGGUCAUAUCUGUUGGAGCCCACCAUUGAGUUGAAGCGUUGCCCGUUGGAAUACUGGAGAAGCAACGAGUCCUGUUACGGGCUACUGUCUCAGCUUGCUCGUAAAUAUCUGUCAUCACCGUGCACUAGUGUUGACUCGGAGCGUUUGUUUUCGGGGGCUGGAAACGUGAUGACGGAGAAAAGAAACUGA